AUGCCGCCCAAAGGCAAAGGAGCCGCCAAGGCGAAAAUACCCGACUCCAAGCCUUCGGAGCCGCAGACCGUUCUGCAGCGAGCCCAGCAGGUCUACGAAGCUACGAACCCACUCGAGGCAGCCCGGGAGCAGCACGGCCUGAACGGUCUUUCCACUGUCGAGCGGACGGCGUAUAUCAACUCGGAAUUUGUCAGCACGGGCACCACCGACCAGCUGGGCAAGAAGGCGCAGAAGGAGCUCUGGAAGCAGGUCAACGAGGCGAGCAUCCCUCCGCGGAAGCUCCCGAAGCCCAAGCCCGAGGCCUGGGGAAAGGACAAGUACGGCCGGAACAUCGCCGAGUACGGUCUUGAGCAGUUCCACGACCGGAGCGACAAGAUCCUUCAGCUGGCUACCCUCAAGCUUGAUAGCAAGGAGUUCAGGGACACGCGAUACCGCGCCUCCCGGAAGCUGAAAAACGGCCUCACGGGGGAGUCAUAUGUGCUCACAGACGAGGACAUCAAAGCCGAGAAGGAAAGACGAAAGGAAAUGGCUGCCCUGAUGGACGAUCUAUACGGCGAGAAGAUGGGCUCCUAUUCGGUGGAUCCGGCCUGGGAUGAUGUGGUACCGAUACCCCAGACCGAGCCUGAGGGAGCACUGGCUGCUAUUGCCUAUCCGGAGGACUAUGCAGAAUCAACGUCCUACCUCCGUGCCGUCAUGGCCGCGAAAGAGUACUCCCCUCGCUGCCUCAAGCUCACGGAACAUAUCAUAUCCAUGAACCCUGCCCACUACACGGUGUGGCUCUACCGGUUUGCCAUCAUCCAGCACCUCGACAUCCCGCUCCUCGACGAGCUCACCUGGCUCAAUGAGGUGUCUCUCGACUUCCAGAAGAACUAUCAGAUCUGGCACCACCGCCAGCUCCUGACGGACCACUACUAUCCCACCAUCGCCGGCACCCCGGACCAGGUCAAGCGCUUUGCCAGUUCCGAGCGCGACUUCAUGAUGGAGAUGCUGAUCGAAGACGCCAAGAACUACCAUGUCUGGACCUACAGGCAGUAUGCGGUACGGAAGCUAGGCAUGUGGGAUGAGGACGAGUUGCGUAGCAUAUCGGGCAUGAUCAACCAGGACGUGCGGAACAACUCUGCUUGGUCGCACCGCUUCUUCAUAGUCUUCUCGAACCCGGCCUACGCGACGGAGGGCUCGCACGCUACCGAGCACGACCCGGCCAUCCCUGCAGAGAUCGUGGAUCGCGAGGUCGAAUACGCCAAGGAGAAGAUCAAGCUGGCCCCGCAGAACCAGAGCCCGUGGAACUACCUGAAGGGCGUGCUGGUCAAGGGGGGCCGGAAGCUGGGCAGUGUCAGAGAGUAUACCGAGCAGUACGUGGACGACCUGGGGCAGGACACGGAGCAGGUUCGCAGUUCGCAUGCGCUGGACCAGCUCGUGGACAUCUACGUAGAGGCGGGCGAGAAGGAGAAGGCGGAUCUGUGCCUCAGACGGCUCGGUGAGAAGUGGGAUCGCAUACGCCUCGGGUACUGGGAGUGGAAGCGGACGACGCUUUGA